AUGUUUGAGGAUUUUCUUGCAAACAGCCUGCGCAUCACAUCUCAGUCUGAUUCUACCAAAACAAAUAAAUUGCCAUUAUACACCAAAUCCUCACAAUCUCGGACUCGCCAUCACGAUAAACCUACAAACCCAACCCAGUUGCCAGUAGCAGAAACACAUCAUCGUAAUCCGCAAAGCAUCAACUCGAACGAACCUGCGCCAUACCUUUCCAAAUCCAUUUUUAGCCCAUCCCUAGAUAAGCUCAUCGAUGCCAUCAACAACCAUGCUUAUGCACUUGCAUACCGUCACUUUAUGGCCCUCGAAUCUAUACAUCCAACCCCAUUGUCAAAUCUGCCACCAGCAUACUAUUCUCAACUAAUUACAGCGAUUCAAAAUAAUCAUCAAAACAUUAUGGGCACUCGAAGCAGAUCUAUGCGUCUUUUCCGUACAAUAGAUAUAUUUAGUUUGAUGGAAAAACUGGGAGUUCCAACCAAAACCGUCGUUUCAGUUCUCAAAUGCAUGUACAGAACCUAUUCGAUGCAAGGAGAUACUGCUCGGAUGGAGGAUACUCUUUUGGAAUUGGAAAGAUUGGGAGUAGAUAUUGCCAUUUUCCCAAUUCAAUCACUUUUAAUUAGCGGCUAUGUCAAUGCUGGAGAUACCAAAGCUGCAAUGAGUUGUUUUCACUCUUGGCGUGCAAAGGCAAGGUAUUCUACUGAGCCCUAUCAUGCUCUUAUUUCUGCCUACCUGCAUACCCGUUCUAGCGACCAAGUUGAGCACGUUGUGUCGAUCAUGCGAUUAGGUGAUGGCACGUAUCCACCCAUCCGCCUCACUCACAAAACCUACUCUCUUGUAGCUCGUCAUUACUACAACAUGGGAGAAUACAAGAAAAUGGAGCAGUGGCUUCUAGAGUAUAUGCAAUUGGGCUAUACAGUGAUGGAUACAAGUAUGUAUACACUUCGUGUAUCUGCCUCGAAUCAAAUGGGCGAUUAUUCACAAGCGAAGGCCAUUCUUUACCAAAUGCGUGCAUCUGGGAUUCCUUUUGAAGCGAAUACGUAUAUUGAGGAAUUUAUUGCGUACUGUGGAGAUAAAGCUGACAUGAAUCAUGGUACCGUAUGGACUCUUUUUAAUGCACUACGCCAAAAACGAAAUGUAAACAAACGAGUGCUUGUAUCCAUGGGAAUAUGGAUUGGGCCAGUAAGAUCAGAAAAAGCGUUGAUGGAACUCAGCCAAGCGAUUCAUAAGCAUACAGCACCCUUUGAGACCACCAUGAUUUUUCUCGUCAACGCAUACAGCUAUCUUGGUGACGAUCAAUCCGUUAUUCAAUUGAUCAAGAGAUUGGAGUAUGUACAAAAGGAAAGGUUCAAUCCUAAUAUUUAUUUGCAGCUUUUGCAUGCUUAUAAAAAUGAUGGCAAGUUGCAUCAGGCUGGAGUAUACGCCAAUCAUCUUUGCGAAGAAGGUGUGUGGAUCGGACCUGAGACUUGGCACACACUUUUGGUUGCCGCAGCCAAGUCGGAUCCAUUGGUUUCAAAGCAGAUUGAGAAAUGGUUUGAAAAGUGGUGCCAUGAAAAAAAUGAUUUGGAUCUUUCAGACAUGGUCAAGACAACAUAA